AUGAACAAUACCGACAUUUCUAUCAGCAGUGAGAGACGCAGCUACAUCGCCCAGCUAUCGAACAGUAGAUCUGAAAGAAGCAAUGAGGGCAGCACCAACAGCUCUAUGCGUUAUCCGUCGGUAUACCAGAUACCACAGCCACAAGAAACUCCAAUGCUGCCAGCACAAGCUGGUCUUGACAAGAAUCAUCCCUCGUUGCAAAAAGAGAAUUUCAGUUGCAACAAUGAUGGAAACGAUCCUUCUGGAUCACGAAAACGCUCUUGGCAAGACACCAAUGCUUCCUCUAUAGCACCUGAUGCCUCCCAUAUUCGUCACCCAAAAACUUCUGACAAUGACAACAACAAGCGCCACGCUCCGUCUCGUUGGACGAACAAGAGAAAGUCCAAAAUUCAACCAAUGACGGCAUUUUCAUUACUCCAAAAGAACCAAAGUGCACGCCAGUCUCUCUACUUGAUACCACCACCUGCUAGAAAUGUCAUUGCUAGCAAUAAUUUGAGUUGGCUCAAGCUUGGAUUGGGUAUCACGGAAUUGGCAGGCGAAGCUGGAUCUGGAAAAUCUCAAUUGGCCAUGAGUCUCUGUGUUCAGGCUGUCACAAUGCAGCAACAAACUGCGAGUAUAACGCAAGGAAGGAGCCAUAAAACUCCACCCUGCAGGGCUGUGUACAUUUCUUUGUCAGGAGGACAGGCGUCAUUGUCCCGCAUUGCCUAUCGCAUGGAGCAGAUUGCCAAUGCGCAAAAACAACAAUCUUGCAAGGAUAAUUCAGCUACAAACUAUCCAAUUUGCAACCAACAGCUUCCAGGGAGUGCUUUGCAUGGUCCAACUACUACGUCUGAGGAUCAGACCAAUGCUGCAUCAGCAUCCGUCUUGCCACAAAUAUUGACUCAUUCGGUUCGAAACCAUGAAGAUCUCUUUGCACUGCUUCGCGAAGACCUUCCUCAUUGUCUCAAAGGAGACAGUCCCGACACCACUAAUCCAGCGUCUUUUCAGCCAGACAACGCUCAGCUUCCAGGUGGUUUUCCUGGAGAUACUACGCAACAACCGCAACAUCCGGUGGCCCUAGUUGUGCUGGAUAGCAUUGCGGACUUGUUCCGACUGGGAAACAGCGACGAAUCGGAUGUGGAAAAGGGAGCCAUUCUGAAGCGGUCUUAUCUCAUGUUUGAACUGUCAGCCAUCCUCAAGGCACUCUCGGAUCAGUACCAAGUGCCCAUUUUAGUAAUCAAUCAGGUGACAUGCGAUCUUAAUCGCAAGCAAAAUCUCCCAGCUUUGGGCUUGUCAUGGGCCAACUGUGUCAACACAAGUUACGUCAUUCGUCGAAGCCGCUCCGCAGCCGGUGGUAACUCCUCUUCAACUCGUGCCGAUGUCAAUCAAGGGCUGCGGCAUAUCUUUCUUGCCAAGUCUGCCAACCAUGCGGUGGACCAGAACGCGUCUUUUGUCAUUGAUAGCGGUGGUGUUCGUAUGCAAGAAACGUGUGCCUCGAAGCGAUGA